AUAAGUAUUUAAAUGAAAAUAGGAAUAAUAACUUUUUUUGAUGUUUCUGUGAUGUUACAGUCUGCGAAAUUUUGAGAAUCUCACGCUUCCUUUUAAUAUUAUCAUCGCCCAAUUUGAAGACUGUUAUAGCAAUCUAAAGAAAAUUUUAUUUCAAAAAAAUAUUAACCAUGUCAGGAUUAUUCGAGCAGAUUAAGCUGCUUUAUGAUCAGGCACUUUAUUGCAACGUGAUCUCCCUGACGAACUUGGUGCUCUCUCUUAGCGAACACAAUACCGACUUGCUGCCUGGCUACAGCAAGUUUCACGUAUAUGUUUAUUACGCGGAUGCUCAUUUUCAUCUAGGCAAAUAUCGCAGAGCAGAGACUCUCUACAAGAAGGCUCUGCAGUUUCGCAAAUGUUUGUUGAAGUCCAAAGGUACGGGGAAACCUUUAUUGGACGGACAGAAGGAUCUGCCAUCGGAUGUCAACAUCAAAUAUCAGAUCCACUUGUGCCUAGUGAAGUCUAAAAAUCUGCAAGAAGCUCUGCAAGUGCUACAGAGCAUCCCUGGCAAACAGCGCACUGCCAAAGUAAACAUGGCACUAGCCAAGAUGUUCCAUGAGCAAGGAAUGGAACGUUCUGCUAUUACCACAUAUAAAGAAGUAUUAAAGGAAUGUCCGUUAGCCUUGGAAGCAGCUGAAGGUCUCCUUUCUUUAGGAGUAAAGGGUGUGGAGGUCAACUCCCUGAUCGUUGGUUCCAUCUCUAACUCGAUGAAUUUGGAGUGGCUUAAUACGUGGAUCAAGGCUCAUGCCCACAUUCAUAAUAGAGAAUACACUCAUGCUGUGAGCACUCUGAGGUCGUUAGACAAUGUUGUUUUGCUUAGGGAUAAUUUCAAUCUAUUGACUAUCAUGGGUGAGUGUUAUUAUUAUGCAGGUGAUGACAAGAAUGCUCUGUUAUGUCUGCGACGAGCUCGCGUUAUCGAGCCAGAUAUAACAAAAGGGGUGGACAUGUAUGCCGCAGUUCUAUACAAAAUGCACCACAUUAAAGAAUUGGAACGGUUGAUACCAGCGAUAACUGCUAACAACGAAUGUACUGGUGAAAUUUACGUAGCAAUGGCGUAUUCUCUAUUUGCUGCUAGAAAGUUCAGCAGGGCGAAUACUCUCACUGCUCAGGCAUUGAAUUUGAAUCCUAAUGACAUAGAAGCUACCAUAUUACGGGGUAAUCUUCUUAUCGAGCAAAAGAAGUAUCAAGAUGCCUUGUUCUUUUUUAGACACGCCGUGCAAUUAAAACCGUACAGAUAUGAACCACAUAAAGGCUUAGUAGAUUGUCUUGUUGGGAUGCAUAGGUUGCGAGAGGCUCUGAACAUCGCCAGUAGCUCUUGCAAACAACUUGGACACACAACAAGAGUUCUGGCAUUAUAUGCAUCUGUCUUGAUGAAAGAUCCUGUGUCAGUGAGCAAGGCUAAGAAUCUUCUUGAAAAAGCAUUGUCUCAAGACGAAGUCUAUUUACCCGCAGUAUACUUACUCGCAGAGAUAUAUGAACAGGAAAUGAAUUUAGAAGCAGCCAUCGAACUACUCGAGAGACAGGUGGAGAUUCACUCUACCUGCAAGCUCCAUCAAACUUUAGGAGACUUAUGGGCAAGAAUGCACAAUGAGGAGAAGGCUCUAGAUCAUUAUGUGAUAGCUUUAAACUUGGAUCCAAACAACAGGAGAGCUAUGGAGGGAAUGCACAGAUUAGAUAAUUCUUCUAGUAAAUUGGAUUCUGCUUAUUAUAUGACCGUUGGUGAGGAACAGGCUGAUACAACCUAUGAUGUUGGUGACGGUCUACCAGAUACAGAUAACGAUGAGGCACCAGAGGAGAGCGAGACUGAAGCUAUUUGGUCGGAUAUGGACUUGGAAGCCAACAGCCAGUAGUCGUUUGUGUUUUAGAAACGAAAUAGUCAGGAAAUUGAUCGAAAUUUUGGCUUCUAAACUAAGUCCAUUAUAAUGAAUUUCUCGAAAAAGAAUCUUGAGGAAAAUAAUUUGUACGAAUGAAAUGAG